AAAACAUGUCUGACGAUAAAAACGUAUGCAUCAACGUGCUCAACGUUCACAAGAGGAUCAUUUUCCACCUGGCGGGGGUCGUUAGUACGAACGUCAAGCAUGUUGUGUACGAUACACUGGAAAAUGUGGCGACGAACAGUACACCGGCUGUGCAUCCCCGACGCUGGCUAGCAGUCCUUAAUGAACAUUUUGCUGCUAAAUACGCCAUCUCCCUGAAGACUAUUGUUGAGUGUGAGAACGCGCAAUUCUUGGAAACGAUCAACAAGCUCUUCAUCACCUACAGCUCGACCGAACUUCUCAACCACAUCGGAUGGUGGAUGGUUCAGCAGUAUGCCACCGUAAUGCUGCAGGAGGCGAGCAUGAUACAGUCUGGCGAUGGAAGAGUAGCUCAGUCAUACGGCUACACCGCAUGUGAGACGAUGGUGGAGGACGUGUUCCGCACUCUUCUCGUGGCUGAGCACGUUGCAGUGUCAUUCACACGUUCUGAUCGCAAGAAAGUGGACGGGAUUUUUUGCAUGAUCCACAAGCAGACGAUGCAGAAGCUCUCAAAUUCUACGUGGAUCGACGACAAUAGCAAGAUCAUGUCUGCACAGAAGCUCACGAAUCUGAAGCGUGUUCUCUGGCCGCCGUUGAUGACUGAUGGUGAACUGCAAGACAUGUACGCGGUCUUUCCAGGCACAACCUUCUCAUAUUGGCGUGACUGGAAGGCGAGCGUGCAAGUAUUGCAUACUCUACUCGGUACCAAGCUGCAUGAACACCUCACUUCUUUGCCGCACAAUAUCCGAGAGUUCCCUAUCAACUACCACUACUUCUUUAAUACAAUCACCGUUGCCAUGAACGUCAUUGCAGCACCGCUCUAUUACCGGAAAGCCACUCCCGCCAUUAACUAUGGCGGCUUGGGCGCUACCUACGCCAUGCAUAUGGUCCGCGUCUUUGAUCCCCAAGGCAUUCGUCUGCAUGGCGCUGGCAAGCCCGCACUCUGGUGGCAGAAUACCAGUCUGUCCAUGUACAGGAAGAAGGUCGCCUGUGACUCUUCCGCCGGAAUAUUCCAGGAGGUUCCCGCCUUGGAAACCACGCAUGCCGCCUAUGUGACUGCGAGGCGUGGUGCGCCGGGUAGAUUGUUGAUCUCUAUGGAAGGGUUCACCGAUGAGCAAAUAUUUUUUAUUUCGUAUUGUCACAGUUUCUGCGGUACUGCAGCGACUAAAGGAUCUAUGGAUGAAUGUAACAAGGGGGUCAGGAAUUUUGAGCCAUUUUCAAAUGCUUUCGAUUGCAAGGCGGGGUCUCCCAUGAACCCCAAGGAAAAAUGUACAUUUUUUUAGGAAUUGUGA